AUGGCACUGCAGACGUUUCUGGUCGCUGUCGUCCUACUGGGCGCAUAUGCACUCUAUAAGUACCUAGACACGUCUCGUCGUCAUAGAAUUCCCAAGGGUCUCAAGCCACUUCCAGGCCCCAAAGGAUACCCUAUCAUCGGCUCUGUCCCUGAUGUUCCCGAGAAGAAUGGCUUCAUCAAGUUUGCGGAUUGGGGCAAGGAGUAUGGCCCUAUCUACCAGGUCAACUUGGCCGGACACAACCAUGUGUGGAUCUCGUCGGACCAGGUCUCCAAGGAUCUGUUGUCGAAGAAAGCUGCCAUCUACUCUGACCGACCGCAUAUACCGGCUCUAAUCAGCGACAAUCGCACAAGCGCUCAGUAUCUUCCAUUGCUUAGUAGGAAUGAUGGCCAUACCCGACAAAGGAAGUUUGCAAACAUCAUCAUGCGCGAGUCGGAGAAGGCUUUGUUUCAUCGUUAUCCCGAACUGGAGGCCAAGCGCAUGCUCGUUGAGCUGCUGGACGAACCAGAUCGAUACAACCACGCCCUCGAAUCCUUCAUUUCUCGUGUUACUUGCCGUUUAGCCUGGGGUCACAGCGAGGCUAGCGAUGAGCUCAAGCAACGCGCCCGCGAACUUCUCAUUGGUGUCUCUCCUACAGGUGCAUUGGGUAACAAACUACCGUUCUUGAUGGCGCUUCCUGACUGGCUUUCUCCCGCAAAAGCUUGGGAGCGGAGGCGUGCGAACACUGAGCGAACGUGGUUUCAGACAAUGCAGGAUCAGGUUGUAAAAGAUGUGCAAACGGGACAGGCUGCCCCUUCAUGGAUGAAGAUCUUUCUGGAUGGCCGAAGCAAGUGGGGCUUCAAAUCCGACCUGGAGGGCGCGUAUGCUGUUGGCAUGCAUGGUAUUGCCGGUGCACUUACGAUCGCUGCUCCUAUGCAAACCUUCUGCCUGGCGAUGACCUAUUACCCGCAAUACCUGCCUAUGCUACAGGAGGAACUGGACCGCGUAUGUGGAGAUCGAUUGCCCCGUUCAGAAGACCGUCCAAACCUACCGUUCCUGCGAGCCAUUAUCCGUGAGUGCAUCCGCUGGCGUCCGCCCGUCCCGACUGGUAUCCCUCACUAUCUGAUCCAGGACGAUGAAUACAACGGCUACCACAUCCCCAAGGGUAGCACCAUGCACCCGCUUGAGUGGGCCAUCUCCCGUGAUCCCGAGAUGUUCCCUGAUCCAGAAACCUUCAACCCCCUCCGAUGGGUCGAGCCAGGAUGGCCGACUUACCAGGAGCCUCUUACCCAGUUCCCAACUAUCAUCAAUUCGUCACAAUUCGGCUAUGGGCGAAGAACCUGCCAGGGACAGACCGUCGCUGACGAAGAUAUGCUAAUUGGAAUCGGCUCCAUCGCUUGGUUGUUCAACAUCGAGCGCAACGCGGAGGACGCACCUGUCCCAGCGAGAGGGUCAGAAAAGGGUCAGCAUUCAAUUGGCUUGAAUGAGAAAGCUUCCAUCUCGAACGAGGAGCUUAACGCCGGCGUUAAUACCAAAGCUCCCACUUUGGAAGAAAAAUUACUCUCCAAGUACAGCUACCCCGGAUCCGCCCCAGCAGCCAAAGUGGCGCCAAAGAAGGCGACGCCCGCUCAGCCAGCAUACAAGCCCCUGGAAUGGGGCGACAUCACCAAGAAGCCCGCCGACCCAACACUCGACUACUCCAUUCUGCUCAUCGCAAAGCCCAUUCCCUUCAAGUUCCAGCUGAAGCCUCGUAGUACCGAACGGGCAAAUCAGAUUCGUACUCUGUUCCAAGAGGACGUAGAAAACGGCGAGUUCACAAGCAACCGCGAAUACUGGGGUCCAAACCAAGGGCGAGACAAGCCAUUGGGCUGGAGCAAGUUUGGGCCUUUCGACGCAGGCGGCUACAUGCCGGCGCUUUCCGCGGUGGUGUGUAUUGACACUCUCUUUCGACCCUGUUCAUGUGGGAUGACUUGUUUACAGCUCAUUCCACACCCACGUGACUCUCACACUAGUUACUGGACACCGUCGUCAUCAUGCCCUCAGACCACGACGCCACAAACAUCAACGCGCACCACACUUCAAUGCUCCCCCGAUAAGCCUACCCAGCUCAUCCGAGCUACUCCCGCAAUGUUCGGCCUACGCUUCACCGCAUCCCGCACCCAGAUCGCGUCUUACCUCUUCGGCGUUGCCCUGUUCUCGAUAUCCUUCCUCGUCUUCCUCAACAGCUCCAUAUCCUUCGUUAUCACCCAGCGCAUUGGGCAGUCGCGUAAUGUUGGCGACGCGGUGGGCACACUUGGGUUCGUGGAUGAGCUAGUCGCGUUAGUAGCGUGUCCAGCAUGGGGACUGCUGAGCGAUAGGGUGGGCGUGCGGAGUGUCGCUGUGAUGGGAUACACGAUUGUGGGGAUUGCACUGUGGGUGUUUGUGCAAGCUAGGAACGUGUAUCCAGAGCUGCUGUUGGCGAGGGUGCUGUUUAGCUUGGGAGGAAGUGCGUGCGCGACUAUGGUUACCGCUAUCCUUCCUUCUAUGACGGUUGUAAAGGAGGUCAGGCCAGACCCUCGAUCUCCUACGCGACGCCCAACUGGCAGAUCGCAUGCCUUGGCUCCGUCCAUAUCCUCCGAACUUACCAUCACUCCCGAUCGCUUCCGGUCAAGCUCGAGAGACCCCGUAAGCGAUGCGCCCGCAAAGACGGACACAGGAGCUUCGACGUCGCAGCUUGCAGGAUUGGUAGGAGUCUUCACAGGCUGUGGUGCCCUCGUUGCGCUCUUCGUCUUUCUACCGCUCCCAACGCGAUUCCAGCGAGCUGGCGAGAGUCCAGCGUCAGCUGUUGCGGAUGCCUUCUAUGUGGUGGGUGCUGUUUCUUGGCUAGUCGCAUUGGGGUGCUUCUUCGGUUUGCGCAAAUUACCCGGCGAAGAAUCCAAAGGGUGGAAAGGUAUUGCUGGCAAAGACGAGCACAAAACAGCCGGGACACACACGACGCGUGAGGCGGUCCUUUCCUAUCCUCGACUCUUCCUUGAGAGCGUUCGUUUAGGAUUCAGGUCGCCGAACAUUGGUCUCGCAUAUGUGGGGGGGUUCGUGGCGCGCGCCUCGUCCGUCGCUGUCUCGCUCUUUAUCCCGCUAUUCACCAAUCACUACUUUCUACAGACAGGAAAGUGCACCGUCGACCCUACUAAUCCAUCGGACAUCAAGCAUGCGUGUCCACAAGCGUACAAACUGGCAGCCAUGCUGACCGGCAUCAGCCAGCUCAUUGCACUUAUGUGCGCUCCUCUCUUCGGCUACCUAUCUGGACGAUUCCCCAGGUAUAAUAUCCCAUUGCUAGUAGCAGCUGUAGCAGGUAUCGCGGGAUACUCUGCCUUUGGGUCUUUGACAAGUCCCGACUACAAAAGCGAAGAGGGCACGGGAGCUAUUUUCUUUAUUGUUGCAUUACUUGGAAUCAGUCAGAUAGGCGCCAUUGUCUGCUCACUCGCUCUGCUUGGUCGAGGGAUCAACAAUGACGAAUCCAGUUCGAUGGAGCCCACGCACACUUCGACCUCUGAGUCAGCGAAUGAAACUCCUCAUCUGUCGACAGGCACAACCCCGCUUUCAAGCGCUCCCAUAACGCCUGUCGAUGAAAACGCGCCUCUGCUACCCCAGGCACAUAGCCGCAGUGCUUCAAGGCCAAUGACGCCAGUGGGCCCGCAAUCGCACAACCAUAUCAAAGGCUCAAUAGCAGGGACGUACAGUCUACUAGGUGGCUUCGGCAUCUUGCUUUUAACGAAGGCUGGAGGCGCUUUAUUCGACAGCAGUGGGCCUGGCGCACCAUUCUACAUGAUGGCCGCGUUCAAUGCGGUGUUGCUUGUUGUAGUUGUUGGCGUGAAUGCAUGGCAGACUGCAUCGCGGUGGACAAGGCACUAA